AUGGCCAUUAAGAGUGCUGAGUCAUCCUCUGACACUGAGACUUCAGAAGAGUCCACUGAGAUACCACCGAUGAGGGUGACUAUUAGCUUGAAACGUGGAGAUCAGACCAAGUUAGACAACCCCAAGGAAUCAGAAGACACAGCUGGAAACUCUGAUAGCCAGGACCAGGAUAAUCCUGAUGCUGUGCCUGGUAGUUUACCAGUCUCUUCUCAGGAAUUAAAGACAAACAGGGAAAACCAGGCUGCUGGAGAACAAGAAGCCUGUUCCUAUAAGAAAAAACAAGUUGUGGUCAGGGCUAAGGGAGGAAACAGGCCCAUUUAUACUAUGGCUGCUGCUGCUACAGGUGACUCCCCCCGGGGCAAUCCUAGAAAGAAGAUGUCUCAUGAGAAGAAAUUCCCAGGGAGUGACUCUAGUGUUACUCUGGGAAGACUCUUCCCUCCUUGGGGGCAAAGGAUCAAGGCACCUCCUCUGGAAGCAGCUUCCUUACCUCCAAUCCCAUGUGUUCCUGUGUUUGGGAGUUCCAAGUCAUCUUCGUCUCUGAGUCCUGGACCAAAGCAGUCCAAGCAAGGUGGCACUUUGAGGAGAUCGAGGACUUGGAGAAGGGAGACUCAGCCUGUGGCCAGAGAAGAUUAUGAGCUAAAUAGAGAUCCUGUAAUUCCAGCCCAGCUUCCUACAUACAGGCCGGUACCACCUUACUUGUCGUUGCAUCGUGGAGAAUUCAACAGUGGUGAUGCCCACACCAGAGUCCCACAUAUUUUAGAAAAAUCACAGCACUUACCCCAGAGACAGGGGAGUAUAACCCCUAGAGGCUCUGCACCUUCUGAUGACCAGGAACCACCUGUGCAUCCCACAGGUCCGGAAAGGCCACAACAACCAUCUGGAGAGCAAGGCUGUCCACGGUGUCCGGUGCUACAGAAGGAAAUAGAGAAUCUCAAGGAUCAACUAGCGGCCAUUCAAUUCCUCAAUGAGAAGUUCCACUCUUUUGAAAUAUGA